UGAACUGUCAUUCUUGUUCUGCCCUCGUAUUUGUGGAAAUCUAAUAGAAAUUUUUUCUUGAAAAAUACUGUAAAAAAAUAUUGUUUUAAAUAUUUGCAUUUUGUCAAAAUAAGAAGAAAUAGAAGAACUUAAAAUAUAAAUAAACAAUUGUAACAGAAGGUUUUGUAUUAUCUUGAUAUUUUGUAUGAACACGAGCAACGUCGUAAUACAGGCAUAAGAAGUGAGGGGUUAAAGUCGGAAAAAAUUUGUUUUCAACAAUGGUGGACGCAGCACGUCAAAUGCUGGACGAGCUGAUGGGUCGUAAUAGAAAUUUACAUCCAUCCGAAGCGCCGCGUAAAGUUAGUUGGGAUGAUCCGGACUUCUGUCAGUAUUAUAUAGUGAAAUUUUGUCCACAUGAUCUCUUCAUUAAUACUCGCGCAGAUUUGGGACCAUGCACCCAAAUACAUGACGACGAAGCAAAACGUUUGUAUGAAGAAGCACGUCCAUCGCCUCGUAAGCGUUCUUACGAAGAUGAGUUUUUGCGGUUUUGUAACAACAUGUUAAAUGAUGUCGAUCGUAAAAUCCAAAAAGGCAAGCAGCGUCUGCAAUUAAUGCACCGAGAUCAGCCCGCACCUUCUAUACCACUUUCAAAGUACCAGGAACAGUUGAACAAUAUGAACGCACGUAUUAAAAAAUUGCUCUCCGAAGCCGAAGAGGCCGGCAUACGAGGUGAUGUUGAUCAGGCCAAGGAUCUAAUGGCUCUAUGCGAGCAAUUAAAAGACGAGAAAGAGGCGCUCGUUGCGCAACACGAGCAACAACAGCAAAUACACCAUCAGACAAAUGGUUUAUUGAAAGAAAGCUUGACUACGCCACCGCCAGAGAGUAAUGCGGACAAAUCAGAUGGUGAAAAAUCGCCAAGAAGUGAAGAUGGCGGUAGCGGCAGCGAAAAGAAAGUGCUGCCUUGGAUGCAGGAUAUGGGUACAUUGCCUGAGAAGCAAAUGGAAGUAUGUGAAAUCUGCGGAGCCUUUCUGAUAGUUGGCGACGCUCAGCAGCGCAUUGAAGACCAUCUAAUGGGAAAACAACAUUUGGGUUAUUCGCGAUUGCGUAAAGCCGUAGAGGAAAUACACGAACGUAGACAAAAGGAUCGCGAGGAGGAGGAGCGGAAGAGGCGCGAGGAACGUGAACAACGCAGUGCACAGCGCAGCACUUACAGCCACCAUAACGAACGUAGACGUGAGCACCAUGAUCAUCGUGACCGUGACCGUGAGCGCGAGCGUGAGUAUCGCGGACGUUCACGUGAGCACAGCAGCCGACAUUCGGCCGACAAACAUCGACACCAUCACAAAGCAUCACAUCGUAGGCGUUCCCACUCGCGCAGCAACCAUCGACGCAACAGCAGGGAUCGUCACAGUCGCAGUCGUAGCCGCAGCCGCAGUCGGUAUUAAUUACAGGCAUUUGUACGUGGCGGAUCGAGGUACUCUCCCCAAAACAAAUUUAAUAAACUCUAAAAAUCUAGCCCAAUAAAUAAAAUGAAUAAUCUCAAGUCGAAAAACAAGGUGAGUACAAACGUAUUUUCAACAGUAUAUAUAUUUAAGCAUAUAAACUUACAUACACAUAUUUUCGAACUAUCAAACGCAUACAUACAAUUCCGAAGCGAAUGCGUACAGUAAAUCUAAUAAGGGAGUUGAAUGUAUUCAAUAUUAUGCAGGCUAUUUCUCAAUUUUGAGGUUAGAGUUGGUAGUGACGAAUGUUUUGAUUACCGUUUAGCCUAGCGUGGACUUAAUGGUUUUUGUAUGGUACAUAAACAUUUAUAAAGGGCGUCUAAAAGCAAAAAUAAAGUUUAGAUACAGAUCUUUAGAUUGAUAGACUUGCUAAUUAACUUAGCACACACAAAAAUAUUUAUUAUUAGCUUAAGUAAACGAUUUACUUGCGUUUGAAGAAGCUCUUUUACUUAACGAGCUUAAAUAUAUUAAAAAAAAAAUACUGAAUUACCAUCAAAGUUAUAUUGAUUUGAUUUUUUGCUCCAGCGAGAUAAAAAAACUAAAUCUUUAAAUGUUUAAUUGCUAGGGGAAAAGUUGUUGCAUUGGCUGAAACCCACAACACUCGUUGGCUAAUUCACUUCAUUCGACUCUACUCUGGCUUCUUUUGCUCGCGGCAUAAUGACGCCAAAAAUUGCCGUAGGUCCUGUAUCUGUCAUAAUGUAGUCUCUAUUCCGCUGCCAGCGUUAUUUCGAGGUACAUUCAAGCAAACAAUCUAGAUAAAAAUUAGUUUUAUGAACAAACAAGCUUAUUUGCAAGGUAGUUGGUUUUAAUUUUUGAGUUUUUUGUUUAACUUUUCAUAGCGUGAGUAAAAACACACGUAAACGCAUACGUUUGAGAACGAGUAACUGAAUGUCCUCCAGUACCCAGUUCAGUUGCGCCUACAAGACCAGUCCCCUUCAAACAAACUCGAUACUCGAUAACAAGGUACUUUUUUCUAUUUUUUGGAAUAUUUCUAAUAUGUAGUUUAAAGAAAAAAUCGUUGAAACAGUUGUGAUACAGAAAAAACAAAAAAAAAAAUUAAUACUCGUAUUUUUCGUACUAUAUAUUCUGGAAGUCAACACGUGAAGAUUACCAUACCAAUGCUAUUUGUAGAUUUUAAGUGACCCGCGUACGCACUCAUAUUCGUACGCCAGUUCGCUACCACUUCGUACGCUCAGUAAACUGCGCACACAUUCACCCACACCGAGGUAAUUGUUUUAAACAAAAAAUCAAAUUUUGCAAAUUGCGUCUUAAUUCUUAUUUAGUAGGAGAAAAAAGAUUUUGUGUGUUGAGAAGUUAUAAAAUAAUAUGGUGGAAGUGAAGGGAUUGAAGUUGAUGUGUGAUUUAUAGUGGAAAACUCAGUUUUUUCAUACCCGCUUUACAAAGGUAACAAAAUAAUUUAUGAUACUACGGUUAAAUUAUGUUUUUCUCGUAUAAUUUUAAAUAAAUAGUCGUUAAGUUAUAAAAACUACAAAAUUAUUCAUCAAAAAAUAAUACAUUAAUUAUGCAAGAAAAAAAUAUUAAUAAACAAUUAAUAUUAAGUUGCUUCAAAAAAAUUAUUUUAAUAUUUCGCCGCACAACACACUCCAUAAAAACGUGUCACGAAAGUUUUUCAUUUUUGAAGUAUGACGCAACCUUUUCAAUGUAGAUAUAUAAAUAAUGUAUGAAAUGUGAGGAAACGCGAAAUCUGACUUAAAUUUCAUUUUUGUACAAUUCGUAGUUGUUGUAAAGUUGUAAAGUUUUGCUUUAUUUAUUUUUUCGUUUUUAUUUAAUAAUGUUUUAAAAGCUUUAAAGCAAUCAGUACCAAACUAAAUUUAUCAUUCAUUCAGCGUGCCGCAUUUUGCAUACUUUUGUGCGCGCAUUUGCCAAACUCGGUUUUCUAAAAAAAAACUUUCGUGGCCAACGCUGGCACAGCGCAUCCUUCCUCAUCGUUUACCUCUUCUAUUCUCCCUAAUACAAGUGUAAGGCUUAAUAAAUAUUUGUGUGAUGGUAUUUUGUUUAGUCAUGAAUUCUCUGAAUGAAUUGAGGCAUUCGCAAAACUUUCACAAAACUGUGCACUUUUACAGAAACCCGCCUUCUACAAGAACAUAACGCCGUCGCAGGCGCUCCGCAACUAUGCAGAACCAACGGCAACGGCACUAUCAAGUGAACAAUCAUCAUCUGCUUCCUUUGUUGGUGCAAUGCGGCACAUGUCAACCAGCCAGGCUGCCGAGGCGCCGUCAACUCAUUGCAGGUAACAGACACCUUCCAAAAAUCAACAUUUCUUUCAAAAACACAAACAGCUGCAUACAAUCGUCAGCCCAACAUACAGCCAGAGUCUUGCAAGCAACAAUAUACUUGCAACUGAAAUAAGCAACAGAACAUGUUUGCGGUGUUAUAACAACACCAACAGCAACAGCAACAAUAGUACAAGGCAAACCGCUGGAUUGAGACCGACUGCAACCGACUGCCGUUGUGUUAGGCCGCAAAGAACGCCGUUAAACGAGGUGAUUUCUUAAACUAUUUAGUUUUAUGCUUGAGUUUUUUUUUUCAAAACAACUUGAAAUAACUAAAAAAAUAUAUAAAUUGGUAAAUGGUAAUUAGGCGGCCAAUGUAUUAUCCUACUAAAUUACUUUUUUAAUAAUGUAACUUUUUAACUUUUUUGCAAUUAAAUUCAAAUUAAAAUUGACGUAGCGUAAACGUUUUUACAAAAGCGCUUUGAAUUUGCUGCUUUGAGCGCUGCCACCGAAUGCGACUCGUUUUUUCACAUUUUCAUAAUAUAAAUUAUUUUUCUUAAACAAAUUCAAUUGAAACAAUAAAUAUACAUUAGCAUAUAUGUACGAAUAAAUAUAAAAGAGUUAAAAAGCUAAAAAAACAUGUAAUAUAUAAAAUAUAACACAUCGACGCUUUGGCGCCUUUUAAAAUUUAGUUUUACGUCAAAUUGACUUUUUACUUGCAUACUACAUACAUAUAUAAAAAACUCGCACGCAGUCAGAGCAAAUUAUCCCGUUUUGUAGGUUUAAUUAAUGAUAGCAUAGUAAUUUAUCGUAUACAGAUGGCUGCGAAAAUUUUUUAAUAAAUUAUGCGUACUUGCACCAAAAAUGAA